AUGUUUGCUUCAAAUGGUAGAUUAAAGGCUGGUGAUAUACGCGAAUGGAUGGGUGAUUUCAGUAGUAUAAAAAAUGUUGCAAAAUACGCUGCAAGACUCGGUCAAUCUUUAGGCUCUUCAAAGGAAAGUUUAAGUGUCGCACAUCAUGAAGUUUUAAAGAUUCCUGAUGUGGGAGUUAUAAGAAAUGGUGUGAAAUAUAUUUUUUCUGAUGGAAUUGGGAAAAUAUCGGCUGAAUUUGCAAAAAGGGUAUCCAUUAAAUGUGGAUAUGACUUUAUUCCAUCCGCAUUUCAAAUUCGAUAUGGUGGGUAUAAAGGUGUCGUGGCUGUGGACCCCACUUCAUCGAUGAAAUUAUCUUUGAGAAAUAGCAUGUGUAAAUUUGAAUCGCAAAACACAAAGUUAGAUAUUCUUGCAAUAAGCAAGUAUCAACCUUGUUACAUGAAUCGCCAACUUAUCACGCUUCUUUCCACUCUUGGAGUCAAAGAUCAUGUUUUUGAGAAAAAGCAAAAAGAAGUCGUGGACUUAUUAGAUGCGGUUUUAAGGGAGCCAAUGAAGGCACAAGAGGCUUUAGAGCUAAUGUCACCUAGUGAAAACACAAAUAUUAUGAAAGAAAUGCUUUCGUGUGGGUAUAAGCCUAAUGCUGAACCAUUUCUUUCGAUGAUGUUGCAAGUUUUUCGUGCAACAAAGUUGUUAGAAUUGCGUACAAAAACACGGAUUUAUGUCCCUAAAGGAAGGACAAUGAUGGGAUGUUUGGAUGAAACUCGAACACUUGAAUAUGGUGAAGUUUUUGUACAAUUUUCUGAAGCAGGAAGAAGGACGAUGCAUGAUGAUGAUGAUGAUGAUGAUGAUAAUGGUGGUGGUAAUAGGUGUAGAGUUGUUGUUGGGAAAUUGGUUGUUGCUAAAAAUCCAUGUUUGCAUCCGGGUGAUGUACGGGUUUUGAGGGCUGUUGAUGUUCCAAGGUUACAUCAUAUGGUGGAUUGUGUUGUUUUCCCACAAAAAGAGCAUAGGCCUCAUCCAAAUGAGUGCUCGGGGAGUGAUUUGGAUGGAGAUAUUUACUUUGUUUGUUGGGACUCGGAUCUAAUUCCGCCGAAGCAAAUUGAACCGAUGGACUAUAACCCCACACCAACUAUGCAACUUGAUCAUGAUGUUACUAUUGAGGAGGUGGAGGAGUAUUUCACAAACUACAUAGUCAACGACAGUCUAGGAAUCAUUGCAAAUGCCCACACUGUCUUUGCAGACAGAGAACCCGAAAAAGCAAUGUUGAAACCGUGUGUAGAACUGGCAAAGCUUUUUUCAAUAGCCGUCGAUUUUCCAAAAACCGGUGUCCCAACAGAAAUUUCUGCAAAUCUCCGUGUCAAAGAGUACCCAGAUUUCAUGGAAAAACCAGACAAAACCACAUACAAAUCCCAAAAUGUAAUUGGUAAACUCUUUCGCGAAGUCAAACACAUGGCCCCACAUAACAGCCUUGUCAUCCCCUUCACACGUGACGUGGCAAGACAAGCAUACGAUGCUGACAUGGAAAUAAAUAGGUUUGAGUAUUAUAUCGACGAAGCAUUUGAUUUUAAAACCGAAUAUGAUUACAAAUUGGGUAAUUUGAUGGAUUAUUAUGGGAUUAAAACCGAGGCUGAAUUAUUAAGUGGUAGUAUCAUGAAAAUGUCAAGGUCUUUUGAUAGGAGGAAUGAUGCUGAAGUGGUUGGUUUGGCUGUGAGGUCUUUGAGAAAAGAAGCUAGGAAUUGGUUUAAGAAGGGGAUCAAUGAUGAUCAUAAUGUGGAAAUUGGAGAUGAUGAUGAUGAUGAUGAUGAUGUUUAUGCAAAAGCAUCUGCUUGGUAUCAUGUGACAUAUCAUCCGGAUUAUUGGGGUCGAUAUAAUGAGGAUAUGAGACGUGAUCAUUUUUUGAGUUUUCCUUGGUGUGUUCAUGAUAAGCUUAUUGAAAUUAAGAGAUCCAAAGCGAGGUUUAGAAGAAAUGUUGCUUUUAACUUGAUAUGA